AUGGAUGGUAACCGUUUGGAGAGGGCUUUCGAGGAGGUCGAGGUUUUCGAAGUGGUGAGGAAAAUGGCUAAAGACAAGGCCCCGGGUCCUGACUGGUUCUUUAUGGGUUUCUUCCAAACUUGUUGGGAGGUAUUAAAGGAUGAUCUCAUGAAGGUGUUCCAAGAGUUUUACUCGGAUAGAAAAUUUGAGAAAAGCCUAAAUGCCACUUUUCUUGCUUUAAUACCAAAGAAGAUAUUAGACGCGGUUCUUAUUGCAAAUGAAUGUCUGGACAGUAGACUGAAAGCUGGAAAUGCAAGGAUUAUAUGCAAGCUAGACAUGGAGAAGGCAUUUGAUCAUGUUAAUUGGGACUUUCUCCGAGACCUUCUUGGGAGGUGUGGUUUUGGGGAGAGAUGGAGAUCAUGGAUCCGUUGGUGUAUAUCUACGGUAAAAUUUUCAGUAUUGAUAAACGGAAGUCCAACAGGUUUUUUUAAUAGCUCUCGAGGUCUAAGACAAGGAGACCCGCUGUCCCUUCUACUCUUUGUUAUUGUGAUGGAGGCUUUGAGCAGAAUGAUUUCAGCCCUGGUCGCCAAUGGGCGUGUGACUGAUCAUAACCAAGUUCGAGUACUGAAGGUCCUCCUACUUUGUCUUGAAGCAGUCUCAGGGUUGAAAGUAAACUUGGACAAAUCAAAGAUGGUGCCUAUUGGAGGUGUUCAACGAAUAAGACAGUUGGCUAAUAUUCUAGGGUGUAAGAUUGCCUCACUUCCUUUGACAUAUCUUGGUCUCCCGUUGGUGGCCGUUUCGCGAGCGGCCUCUUUAUAG